AUGUAUGAGCUCUUUGACCGUCUCGACGCGUCGUUUGCAAACCGGUCGGCACAGACCCAGAAACAGAAGGAUAAGAAGAGGAAGGUCUUUGAGCUCUUGUUCGGGGGAGUAGACGGCGACUUCGAAAGCCGCGGUCUCGUGCCGGAUCUGAUAUGGAUUUCGCUCCUGUACGCCAAUCACCAGGGCUACGAGGAGGUUAUCGUCAAAGCCACCAGUCGAUCCAGCAAUUGCUCCCAAGAGGGGGCUUUGUGA